AUGGGCUCCGAAAAAGGCGUCUCAAAACCCGCAAUAGACGACCCUGACAAACCAAAAACGAACAUGUCACAACCCAAGCAGAAAAGGCAAGCCUCCAAAACCGAAAAACAAAACUUUUUUGGUCAAACUGCCGCGCAAAACAAAUAUACAAACCAGCAGCACCAACAAGAUGGCGGGGAGGAAACACACGACAGCAACCUCCUUACAGACUCUGCCGACCAGACUAUGGAAGAGCCG